GAGCCGGCUGAGGAUGAGGAUGAUGAGGAAGAGGAAGAAGAGGUGGAGAAUAAGAACCCGCCAAAAAAGCUCAAGAAGAAGGUUCCCAAAGAGCCCCUCUCAGGCGGGGGGGAGAAGAAGCUGAAGCUGAAGGAAGACAAGAGUGACCCUGACAGCAAAGCCAAAUCUGCCAAAAGCACCAAGAAGGAGCCAAUGACCGUGUUCCAGGUGAAGAAGGAGAAGAAAAGCAAGAAGAAAGCUGCCACCAGCAGUGAUGAAGAGGAUGAUUCCGACUCCAGCACCAAACCCAUUAGGUCGGAUAAGAAGAAAAACCCAGCAUCCCUCUUUCAGACUGGUGGGGACCCCCCAAAAGAGAAAAAAUCCAAAAAGAAACUUCCUCUCAAAGGGGCUGAGAGUGAGGAGGAGACCCCAGAGACCUUGCAGAAAAACUCCAACAAGAAGGGGAAAGCAAAGAAAUCAAAGAAGCAGAAGGAGGAGAGACCCCCAUCCCCUGUCAUCGAGGUGGAAAACCUGGAGGAGUUCGUGCUGCAGCCGGCGCCGCAGGGCGUGACCGUCAAGUGCCGGGUGACACGGGACAAGAAGGGCAUGGACAGGGGGCUUUACCCCACCUACUACCUUCACUUGGACAAUGACAAGAAGGUGUUUCUCCUUGCUGGGAGAAAGCGUAAGAAGAGCAAAACCUCCAACUACCUCAUCUCCAUCGACCCCACUGACCUGUCACGGGGUGGAGAGAACUUCAUUGGCAAGCUGAGAUCCAACCUGAUGGGAACGAGGUUCACCGUGUUCGACAACGGCGCCAACCCCGACAGGGCCAACGCUGACUGGUCCAACGUGCGGCAGGAGCUCUCGGCCGUGGUCUACGAGACCAACGUUUUAGGGUUCAAAGGCCCCCGGAAGAUGACUGUCAUCAUCCCUGGGAUGAAUUCUGACUGUGAGAGGGUGCCCAUCCGGCCCCGGAACGAUAACGACGGCCUCCUGAUGCGAUGGCAGAACAGGAACAUGGACAACGUGAUCGAGCUGCACAACAAAGCCCCAGUGUGGAACGAUGAGACCCAGUCCUACGUCCUCAAUUUCCACGGCCGGGUCACCCACGCCUCCGUCAAAAAUUUCCAGAUCGUGCACAGCAGUGACCCUGACUACAUCGUGAUGCAGUUUGGGCGUGUGGCAGAUGACGCCUUCACCAUGGACUACAACUACCCCCUGUGCGCCCUGCAGGCCUUCGCCAUCGCCCUCUCCAGCUUCGACGGGAAGCUGGCCUGCGAGUAG